AUGGCAAAAGGCGUAAUCUCAGAUGAAGAAGACGACGUCGAGCUCGACGAGGAAGAGAGGGAACCUGUUGAUGGGGACGAAUUGGAAGAGGGUCGCGAUGUGGAUAACGAAGAUGAGGAUGAGGAAGAGGUGGUGGUGGCGCUUUUGGCUUUGUUAGAAAAUCUGGGUAUCAAACUAGGGUUUGCUUUUGUUGGGCUGUUUGAU